AUGAACAAGACCGUCCGGCCGGGAAUGGAGCGCGCACCCACAAGCAUGGCCCUGAACAAGCCUCUUUCCAGGCUGCGACUCGACGGCCAGGUCGCUCUCAUCUUCGGCGGAGGCGGCAAGAUCGGUAUCGAGACUGCAGGGCGAUUGCUAGUCGAAGGCGCGACCGUUGCCAUUGUCGACAUUGAUCAGCCUGCGCUCGAGGGCGCCAUCCCAGUACUGAGAGCAGCGCUGCCCACCGGCGUACCCAUUGAAUCGCGGCUUCUCACCAUUGCUGCGGAUGCAACGAUAGAAGAGGAUGUAGAGGCUUGCGUCAAGAAGACCCUGCAAAGAUUCGACCGCCUGGACAUUGCCCUUCUCAAUGCCGGGGUACGAGACGAGGCAAAGAGCUUGUUCGACCAGACAGAGGAGGACUACUCGCACGUCAUGGACGUCAACGUCAAGUCUGCCUUCUUCUGCGUCAAGCACGUUGCGGCAGCUAUGCGCGUUCUUGGAAACGGCGGUUCAAUCAUCUUCAGGUCCUCCAUCGCUGGACUGCGUGGAUUCCCAGACCAGGCCAUCUACUCCACAUCGCGAUUUGCUGUUCGCGGUCUCGCGCUAUCAGCUGCCGAGGAGCUCGGUCAAUUCAACAUCCGCGUCAACACCAUCCACACCAGCAUCAUCGCCACUCCAGGCUAUAAGGAAGGCUGGAGCGCAGAGAAUCUCGCGGAAGUCAGGGAGGACACCAACCUUCCACGCCUCGGCCAGCCUGACGAUGUUGCGAGCGUAGUUGCCUUCCUCGCCAGCGACGACUCGAGGUUCAUGACCGGAGGCAGCCUGAAGAUCGAUGGUGGCUGCGUCAGCUACUAA